CCGCUCCGUCCUGUUGCUCUCCGGGCUCUCAUUGUAUCCGGAGGGCUCUCCUCCUUUUGUGCGCCUCUGCAGUUGUUUAUUCGCCCUCCAACUUCUGCAGAUAGGAGGCUUCCUUUCUGUUUCUCUCGUUUCGGCCUAAACGGAAUGAAUGACAAAAACAAAGGAGGUUGAUGUCCACAACUCUCCGACUCAGCUCUUCGCCUUCGCCUCGCCCAAGGAACGGAGACUCCAUCUUCGGCAGAAGAUGGAAAGCGGAGGCGGGACGGAGAGCUCGGACAGCGGGCAGGCGCUCCACGCGGCGCCCGCUCAGCAGCAGCUCAACCCCCGGCCCGACGCGGCCGAGCUGUCGGCGGUGCUGUCCGCUCCGCCUCCGGGCGAGAAGAAGAAAAUAAACCGGGCUCCGUCGCCGGCGAGACCCAAGGAUGUACCCGGGUGGUCGCUGACCAAGAUCCGCGGAGGGAUCGGGACCCCGACCCUGAGCGUCAAGCCGGGAGCCAUUCAUCUGGGGAGCCGCAUUUCCCGGCGCAGCCCCGUGGGGAGCCUCCCCGGGAAGGAUGGCAAAGCCGAGAAGAGUGGGGGCAAACCCGGGGGGAAGUCCUCCGUCUCCGGCUCCGCGUUGUCCAAGACCUCCGCGUCCAAGGCGGCGAAGACCGCCGGGGGGAGGAGGAAGGUCUCGGACGCCAGCAUCGGAUCCGACGACCUGUCCAAAGACUCCGGAUGCGCCGCCGGGAAGCUCUCCCCCACCGACAGCAGCUCCGAGCUGUCGGACUGCGCCUCCGAGGAGAACAAACUCUCCGCGGACGCCGCGAGCAGCGACGCCGAGUCCCGGAGCAGCCGCGGCGGCGGGCCGGAGGCGGAGAAGCCGCUCAGGGACGCGCCGUCCGCGGACAAAGCGAGCCAGCAACCCGCCGCCAGGACAGACAAGGACCGGCUCUCCCUGGGAGCGGAGACCGGGGAAGGGAGCAUCUCUCCCGGCGAGGAGCGCUCGAUCACCUCGUUUGACAGCAGGGUGCCCGCCAGCACGUCCCUGGCUUUCUCAGACCUCACGGAGGAGUUUAUGGACGGCAUGCAGGAAGAGUUUGUGAGGGAGAUAGAAGAGCUGAGAUCUGAAAACGAUUACCUCAAAGACGAGAUGGAGGAGCUCAGGUCUGAGAUGCUGGAGAUGAGGGACAUGUACAUGGAGGACGACGUCUACCAGCUGCAGGAGCUACGCCAACAGCUGGAGCAGGCAAAUAAGACCUGCCGCAUCCUGCAGUACCGGCUGAGAAAGGCAGAGCGGCGCUCUCUCCGCGUGGCCCAGACGGGGCAGGUGGAUGGAGAACUGAUACGAACGCUGGAGCAGGAUGUGAAAGUGGCGAAGGACGUGUCCAUUCGUCUCCACAGCCAGCUGGACAGCGUGGAGAAGAAAAGGAGUCGUCUGGAGCAGGAGAACGAGGAGCUCAGAGUCCGACUGCAGGACCUGGAGGUCGCCAAGCAGGUCCUGCAGCAGGAAAUUGACAAGAACUCCCAGAAGAAAAGAGGCGCACGACCCAACAACAAACCUGACAAGAAGCUCGUUCCACAGGAGGACAGUUCAGACCUGAAGUGUCAGCUCCACUUUGCCAAAGAGGAAUCGGCCCUGAUGUGCAAGAAGCUGACCAAGCUGGUGAAGGACAGCGAGGCCAUGAAGGAGGAGCUGGCCAAGUACAGGUCGCUGUACGGAGACGUCAACGCCUCGCUCACCGUGGAGGAGGUUGCCGACUCCCCCCACACCCGCGAGGCGGAGAUCAGGGUCCACCUGAAGCUGGUGGAGGAGGAGGCCAACCUGCUGAGCCGGCGCAUCGUGGAGCUGGAGGUGGAGAACCGGGGGCUCCGAGCCGAGAUGGACGACAUGAAGGGGCCUCAAGAUGGCUCUCAGGAGCUCUCCGGUGUUGGCGGUGGUCUGGGAACAGGACUCGGCCUCGCAGGAGGAGCCAUGGUACUCGGCGGAGGAGCGUCGUCCGAAAACGUCAUGGAGCUCCAGAGACACCUGCAGUUUGUGGAGGAGGAGGCGGAGCUCCUGAGGAGGUCCCUGAUCGAGAUGGAGGAGCAGAACAAGCUGCUGAUGAACGAGAUCAACCGCUACAAGUCCGAGCUGCCGCCGCCGCCGGCGUCCGCGCUGUCGUCCAACUCGCUGCUGUCGCUGAGCGACGGGCUCCUCAACGACAGCCCCGUGCACGCCAUCCAGGACGGCGGCGCGGUGCUCAUCAGCACGGACGCCCCGGCCCAGGAGGAGGAGCUGCGGCUGGCCAGGCUGCAGGUGGGGGAGCUGAGCGGGAAGGUGAAGAAGCUGCAGUACGAGAACCGCGUGCUCCUGUCCAACCUGCAGCGCUGCGAUCUGGCCUCCUACCACGGCCCUUCCUCCUCGUCCUCCUCCUCCUCGCUGAGACUGGCGCUGGAGACGGACGCCGAGGCCGGAGACUCGGCCGAGUGCCUCCCCACCAGCCCGCCGCAACGCAAAGAGCCCGUCGGGGGGGAGAACGACGCCCUCGAGAUCAAAGAACAGAAAAAGAAGAUCGAGGACAACGCUGACGCACCAGCCUGGCUCCCCGGCUGCCCGGGGCAGAAGGACCAUGAUGCCUUGCUGGCCAUGAGGGACCAGGCUCGCUUGGUUUCCACUGCAAUCCAGCUCCUGACCUCCCCCGAGUCCAACUGCCUCUCCUCCUCCCCGUCCAUCUAUCACAAGGUGUGCAGCAACGAGGCGGCGGAGCCGUGUGACCUGGAGAAACCUCAGCCUCACAGCCAGAUCUCGGAGCUGUCCGACCUGGCCGACCGUCCCCUGGUGGGCGCCCUGACCAGCCGGCUCCAGGCCCUGCACAGCCAGCUGCAGGCCUUCGUGGAGCGGGUGGACCGGCUGGGGAGACUCCCGCCGGGCGGGAGGGACGCUCAGGUGGAGGGAGCGCCCGCCCCAGCCUCACCCUGCACCCCCGUCCCCGUCUCCGAGGACGGCCACGACGGACAGAGCCGAGCGCAGAAGCAGCCUGAUUUUAGGGACCAAUCAGAGGUGAAAGAUGAAAUUCAGGAGAACAGCCAGUCAGAUGAGGUGCAAAAGCAGGAAAACGGCCAGCUGGAGCAAGAGGAGGAGGAGGAGGAGGAUGAAGAGGGGAGAGACGAUGCAGUGUCCACCCCGUCCUCUGAGCUCCAGGGGGAGGCAGGCCGGGGAACUCAGGAGGAGCUGGAGAAGGAGAGACGGACUCAGACGGGAGUCGCUGUCACGCUAACGCAGCUGCAGGAGGAGCACCAGAAGGCCCUGCUCAGACGGGACUUCCAGCUGCAGAGUCUGGGGCUCCAGGCGCGGCUCCAGCAGAAGCUGUGGAGUCAGGAGAGGACUCUGCUGGUCCAGGAGUCCCAGCACCUCAAACAGGCUCUGCUGCUGCUCAGCCUCAAGCUGCGCUGCUUCCUCAAGCAGUGGAGGCUCGGCUGCAAGAAGGACACGGAGUGGAAAGACGUCCUGGAGAUGACCAGUCUGAAGGACCUGUACCUGCUGCUGGAGGAGGAGAACCUGCCGAGUCCCACCCACCAGAGCGACAAGAGGGGGUCUGCAGACGAGCAGCCUCUCAGCCCCACCAUCAAGUCCAGCGUGGUGAGCAGCACCCUGGCCGACCUGAAGGUGGCGCUGCAGGACCUGAGCGGAGAGCUUCAACAGGAGAGGCAAGGCUCCCAGGAGCUCACGCAGCAGUUCGCGAAGGCCAAGGCAUCAUGGGAAGUGGAGAGGACCGAACUGAAGAACCUCAUCACUCAGCUUGAGUCGAAAGCAGGCAAAGUAGCGACAGCCCUGUCCUCCACCGACACACUGGACCCUCCAGACCUGAAGGUGGCGCUAAAGAGGGAGCGUGAAGAGCACCAGCAUCUCUUGGCUGAGUCCUACGCCGCCGUGAUGGAUCUGACCAAACAGCUUCAGAUCGGAGAGAGGAACUGGGGCAGAGAGAAGCUGGAGCUGCUGGAGAGGUUCAGCCAGGAGAGAGCCCAGUGGGAGCAGAGGCUGAGAGAGGCCGCCUCUCCGCAGGGGAAGUCGAGGCCACCGGGCAGCGAGUCGUCUGCAGACGUGGUUGUUUCUAACGGGACGGGAUCACCAAGGGUGAGAUCGGCGUUAGAGCUGGACAGCUCUGAGCUCAAUGGAGCAGCCAAUCAGGAGGACAAGCCUCAUUUUUCAGUCCCGCCUCUUCUCAUUCGCUCAGAGCUGAGCGACAUCAACAAGAAGAACUGGACCUACCUGAACAACGAGACUCCGGAGAUCGGGGACACCUGUAAAACCUGGGACGGCCCCAGUGGCUCCUGCGGCAGCUUGGUGGGCUCACAGCUGGAUCUGGAGUCAGUGCAGAGGAGCUUCACCGCUCCCGACCGCACCGGCAUCAGGAUCUACUACAGCCCCCCUGCUGUGCGACGCAUGGAGCUUCAGAGGAGGAGCCAGGAGGCCAGAGAGCCUCAGCACAGCCAGAACGGGAGCUCCUCACGGGGCCCGCACGGCUCCGGGGCGGCGGGAACGCCGCUGGGCGUCCAGCAGCACCAGCAGCCGCCGUCGUCCUGCUUCUCUUCGUCCUACGAGCAGUGGCUGAGCUCGCUGUCCAAGCAGCACCGGGAGCUGCUGGAGAGCCGCAGCCUCGCCGGCUCCGUGCCCAGCGUCCUCAACAGCAGCGUGAGCGGCUCUGCCAACAGCGUCGUCGAGGGGAUGGCGUCCUCGCCCGCCUUCCACGGGCUGGAGAUCGGCGAGAUCUCAGCCAACCUGAGCGACGACAUGAAGGAGAUGACCAACUGCGUCCGGCAGGCCAUCCGCUCGUCCUCUCUGGAGAGGAAAUCCAGCAAGGAGCCCGGAGCGCAGAUGGUGGGAGUGUCCACCAGGUCCACGCAGACUGCAGCCCAGUACGUCAGCAUCGGGCUUCAAACCGACAGCCUUCCCAGCAGCCGGGCGGGGUUGCACUCUAAAGCCUGGUCCCCUCGUCCGUCCUCCACCACCUCCUCACUGGCGUCGGCCCGAACUCGUCAGAUUUCCACGUCGCUGGAUAAAGUCCACAGCCGCAUCGAGAGGCCGUGCUGCUCGCCCAAAUACGGAUCACCCAAGCUGCAGCGCAGAGUCUCCUCUGGCUCCACCUCCAGGCUGGACGGAGCGUCCUCCUCCUCCUCCAGGGACCGCAGCCUGUGGAGCCUCCAGCAGAGGCCCCUGGGCGGAGGCGGCGGCUCGGCCUGGGCCCGCUCCACCACCACCAGGGACAGCCCCGUCCUGAGCGGCCUCACCGACGGCCUCUCCAGCCUCUUCAGCGUGGUGGAACACUCUGGAAGCACCGAGUCGCUCUGGAGGAGCGACGUAGGGCCCAGUCAGACUGCCAGCCCGGCCCGGCAGCCUCCGGCGGGGAAACCCUCCGGGGUGGCGGCGGCGGCCGGCGGCUCCGACGCCGGCUCCCAGCGGUACGGGGGCCUCGUGCAGGAGUUCUUCAGAAACGUGUGCAGCAGCGGCCGCGGCCCGGGAGUCGUGGCCCUGCAGGCCGAGCGGCCGCAGAGGGAUUCCCUCGGAGGCCUGGCCGGCCUGAACGGCGUCGACGAGCCCAAACCGGAGUGCGUGUCGGUCGGGGUCGGAGGGCUCGGCGCGCUGGCCGGGCUCGGCGGCGGCAACGACAACGUGACCAGGAUUGUAAACAAGAGGUUCAUGCGGCAGACGGCCGGCGAGGAGAUGGUCAGCAUCAUGGGAGGAGGGAAGGAGUCCGGACCGGGGACAGAGGAUGCACCUUGUGACUGCGCUGCCCAGUCCUCCUGCCUCGCCCGACCUUCCAGGCCGGCCUCGCGUCACUGCAAGCACCGCCCCCAGGAGGCUCCGGCGGCGGCGGAGGAGAAGGUGGACGCCUGCAACGAGUGACCGCACUCCUACUGCAUCGAGCAAACACACACUCACACACACAGCAAUACUGAUUACUAACAGUCACUACUGCCAUGUACACACACACACACACAUGCCCACACACACUAAAUGUACAUACACACCAAGAACCUGCCACACGGACACACUGCCAAACGUAACACACACUGAUAGCACACCGCACAGACUGCCCCACAACCGUACUACUGCCACAAGCACACACACACACACACACACACACACACACACACACACACACACACACACAGCGCCCAGGCAAUAGCACUGUUGUUUCGGACUACAUAAAUCUGAUGCCAAGGACAGGAAGGACCGCGACCCCAACCAAGAUCCAGACCCACCAGCAGGAUUUACUCACUGACGGUGAUGAACCUCGAUGUCAGGACCGGAUCGAACUCACACACGACCAUGUACGGCGAACAGAUGGAGAAUCCACCUCAGUGAUGCCAACAAACGGCCAUGUUGGAUUUCUCUCCAGGCAACGUGGAAGAAGCGAUGCAUUUGAAGUGCACGUUUUUACUGCUAAGAGAUAUAAAUGAAAAUGGAUGUAUGGAUUUAAAACCACUGCAGCUACGUCGGAAGGUCUGAACCCGAGGAUUUCUGAUGAGCUGGAAAGUGACGCCACUUCGAUGAUUUUAGCACAAAGACAUUCCAGCGACGGGCUCCAGCACCGAUCUGAAAACGUCCCGUCUACAUGACACUCCUGCUUCAGUCGUGGACAAGUUUACAGCGUCUCCUUACUGUUUGGAAAUUUAAAAAAAAAAAAUAAAAGAACGACAUUGGAUUACAGUUCCCGGCUCAUGGACGAUGGACAUUUGGACUUCACAGCUCUUCAGACAUGAUCAUACGGAGAUCAUAGCGAGGACAUUUUGCAGCUUUGUUUUUAUUAGUAAACUAGAUCACAGGAAAAUUGUUUGGAUUUUACUGCGCCUCCAUAAAGUCUGGGGACUCUCUGUGACAUUGUAGCCACGACUUAAACCUUUCAAAAGAACAACUUUUGAAUAUAUUGUCGUACAUUCUGAUUAGGAAAUCUGCCCGUUUGGUUCGAAUCUGCUUCAGCAGGCAUGAACUUCCUGUUUUCACAUUGUUGUGAUUCAGUUUUUCUUUCGGUGAAAUGAUGAAGACGAUGACGGAGCAUUUUUCGGCUUCUUUCACCGGUUUCAAAUCAAACAUCUCAUUUUCUUACUGAAACCAAGUUGAGGUUUUCUCAGAGUUAAGUUCCAGGUUCCACUGAACCUGAUUUACGUAGCUGUAUUUCGUGUAGCGGCACUUUGUUACCUGCACAGAAAACGGUCCCAUCGGCCACAAAACUCACAGAAAAUGGCGUCAGUGCUUUUGAUUUGAAAAAACAUAAAUCCAGAUGUUGUUUGUUUGUUCCACUUGUCAGCUUCCCCAUGCCUCAUUCCCAGGUCGGAAGAAACAGGCUGUUUGAAAUACUCACCUUUAACCCUUCUUCUCUCUCUCUUCUAUUUGCUGGAGUUUGUCGUCCGACGGACUGAGAUGGAAAAUGUAGCAUUGGGAACGUGAACAUGUUCAACCACGCUUAUGUUCCAACGUUUAUCGCUGAUUUCCCAAAGUAAUCACAGGGAAUCUUUUACCCAACGCGGGGUUGAGUCGCUAAAUCUGCAGCCUCAAAACGCCAGAAAAGGUUCGUGUUUUCACGACUCGUCUCGUUCUCGUCGCUCACCCGAUAUUCAAAGUGCCUGUACGAUCACCUGCUUUCCGUUUGUUUUUGAGCUCACACCAAAACUGGACUCCACAGAAACUAAAACAGACCCUGCAGGCCUUUUUUUUCUAAGCCAGAUUGUUUUUAUCGAAAUAAUUACAAUCAGAAAGUACUAAAGUUGCUCUAAAGUACUGUACCGCAGUGUAGAAAAUUGUAGUAUAGACACUAAAUAUGAACUUUUUUUAAUAUGAAGGGUUAUAUUAUAUUUCUGGAAAAUAUAGUUUUAAAUUAUUUUUUGUUUUGUUUAUAUUCGGAGGGCGAUUUACUUGACGUAUGGGCCCCGCUUCUGUUCUUACUGUUCAGUUUGUUAUGGUGCUACUCCGAUAUCAAUCCAACCGCGUUGACAUGUGCUGGUGUGAGGCGAGCCGUCCGUCCAGCCACCCCUCGGUGAGUCAGCCGUCCAAAAUAGGGCAUUACGCUCGCGGCGCGUGGAUUUAAAUAACACGGUGAGGAAAACCCACAGUCUACAUGCUGCUGUCUGUCGCCGCCGAAACCAAACCGCUUCAAACGCCGCCGCUCCGGACCGUCUGGCUCGAGGCGGUCAUGUUGAGGACACACACUCUCUUCUGGCCAAUAUUCUUUGGAGCAACAAUACACAGUGAGAAACCACAGGAGGAAAACACAUCUGAGAGAGGCAUUACCACCUCAGUGUGGCGAAGCCGGCCAGGACAAGUACCAGAGGUCUGAGGCGGAUUCUGCAGGUUUCUAAUCUGUUACUAUUGAGAUUGAACGUUUAAUCCAAAAGAAGAAAAACAUUUCUGCCUUAUGACAAAUGCAAGUAGCUAUCUUGACUUAAGCUAGUGGACAGAUUGCAUGCUAACUAGCUCAUUAGUGCGAUUAAGCUGAAAAGAGUGAUCUGUAGUUGCCAAAGGUGAGAGUGAGAAACCUCUGCAUGCAGUAAGAAGAGCUCCAGUAGAAAGUCUGACAGUCUGACCUCAAAGUCUCUGUACCCAGUGACCGCCCACCACACACACACACACACACACACACACACAGUUUUAAAUCCGCAAAGUAAAAAUAAAUCCCAACUAGAAGUUGACGAGUGAUUUGACUGAGGUCUCCGAUCGAAAUUAGGAUUUCACUUUUCUAUGUACAAGAUUAUCUGAACUUCUUUUUUAACAUGUUUUUUAACAACCAAGUCCUUUAUCAACUCGGAGCCUCAAUCAUUACGGUGUUUAAUUAUGCAGAGAUGGCAUGCCGGACCGGUGAGACACACGGACUCGAUGUGACGUGAUUUAGAUUCGUCCGCGAUUUCAAGGCAGAUGUUCUGAAGGAGCCGUUUUCCGACGGCCUGUUUUUGACAGAAAGCGUUCCAGACUGUGUUCUACCUCUUCCUCUUUUAGACGCUCAGACAUGCCAUGAAAAUACACACAGCUUAUUUAUGAGGACGCUUGAUCUUCUCACUGUCACUCACUCACAACUCUCCACAAGGAAGUCACUUCAGUGCCUUUCCUCUACAAAGAUGUCUUAGUUUAUCUAAAAGUUUUAUUUUUCUGGGAUUUCUUAGGCUACAGCAGCAUUGCACGGUGACGCAAAAUUUCUGGCGAAUCAGUUGGAUUUAGGAUGAUUUUUUUUUUCGCUGGUAGGCGCAGACUAGUGUUUACAUUCAUCGUCGCCGCGUGUUUUUUUCAAGCCAAUAGAAGAUCUCAGUGUCAAGGUCGAGACUGCAGCCUCAAAAAAGGGUUUUUUGUGAUGAGAUUUCCAAACGGGGGGUUAAAUUUGGACCAACUUUUACUCUUAAGCUAAAUGUUUUUAUUUAGUUUUUUAACAUGGUGUGAAGAAAAAAAAACCGACACUGUUGCAGCUAUUUGUCAUCAGACGGGUCUUAAUUCAUCGAUUCGCACCGAAAGGAAUUGGCCGGAGGUGAAGAUCUGCCUCGCAUCUGCUGCUUUUACUCACAGCGCCGCGAUUUUUCUAUCGGAAUUUCGAAGAAAAGUCAAACUCCUCCGUGACGUCGCUGACCGGUGGACUCCGCCUCCGCAGCCUUCAUGCCCCGCCCCCACCACGCCCCCUCAGGUGACCACUGUCAGGCAUGUCAGCCAAUCACAGAGCCGGUUUAAGCCGCGUCACCAGCCAGCGACAGGUGACUUCCUACAGGUUGAACAACCACGACUCCAGCUUUUUAAAAUGUUUCCCCCCCCCCCAAUUCCCCUUCAUAUGGUUACUAUAUGCUGGGAGUGUGUACAUGGAUUCUUAGCUGUUCAUAAUGUUAGCUAAACUAUUAUCUACAGCCUGCCUGUAUAUCCGCUUUAUAUAACCGACUCUUGUCUCCUUUUUUUUAAUAAAAAAAAAUAAAAUAAUGCUUGAUUCUUAAAUCAACGGAGAAUGCAAUGAAAGCUGAAUAAAAUCGAGUACUCGGUAAGGAAAAAGUGUGAUUCUGAGAAGAGAAGGAACGGCUUGUACUCUGUCCUUUAGUUUCUUUGAGAAGAGCUGAAUGUCGGCAGUCGAUCCGAGGAAAGGUCGCUGUGGAAGUAUGUAGCUCUCUCACUUUACAGUCCACACUUGAGCAUUUCUUCUGUACAUAGCUGCAUUUUCAAAGCCGAUAAGGAGUUUAAAAAGGAAAAAAAAAAAAAAAACAAAAA